UGUAAAGAGAACAUCUGUUACAAAAACAAAACCAAGCGAAGAAGCGAAAAUUAUUGGCGAAAUCCACAUAAAGUAAAUAAUACGAACAGAGUUGGAAAAACAUAAUUGGCUUGGGGAUGUUCUGCUGCCUACGCACCUGUCUCAAUGGAGGACACAUAAGGAAACCCACGGCAACCAGUCGCCUCCGGGAGCCCGAUGUUCACCUGGAUGCAGCGCAUAUGGGACCUGACGUAAUCCUGCUGUCGCACCAGCUGCGCGUGACGGGCACUGGCGGCGUCCUGGCCACGGCGCCCUUGGUCCAGUCGAAGUCCUACUUCGAGGUGAAGAUCCAGCACGGAGGCAGUUGGUCGGUGGGCUUGGCGACGCGGCAAACGGAUCUCAGUCGCAAGAGCGGCGGUGGGGAUCGGGAGUCCUGGUGCUUGUGCUCCGAUAACGCCACACGCCACAAUGAUCGCGAGGAGUUUCGACCUGUGGUGGAGGCCGCUUGCACCACUCAGCCAGCGAGAACGACCAAUGGAAUCCUGAACACAGGCGCUGCCAAGGCUGCUGGGCUCAUCGCCAUCGAGGAUUUGCAACAGGAAGACCUGCUGAUGACCACUGGGGUGGCCCAAUCCGAUGCUGAAAUCGGUGAUUUGUUGAUAGCAUCGCCACAGCGAGAUUUUCCCGACGAAGGAGACAUUGUGGGCGUCGCCUUCGACCAUGUGGAGCUGAAUUUCUACUUUAAUGGGAAGAAUCUGGAGGUUCCCUUUCGAAAUGUACGAGGAGCAGCUCUAUUUCCCGUAAUUUAUGUGGGCAAUGGCGCCAUUCUGGACAUCAUCUUAGACAACUUUUCGCACGGACCACCACCUGGAUUUGAACGUAUUCUAUUGGAACAGUCGCUUCUUUAGAUAGUCCACUCAAAAGCCUUAAACAAAUUAGCAGCACGAGAACAAAGCGUUAACAAGAAGAUUAAGAGGACGGUGCAUUUUAGGACUUUAGGAACGCAUUUUAUUCCAAUUCAAAGCUUUUAUGUGCUACUGCUUUAGAGUAAGCCAAGCAUUAAUGUCUUUUUAAUACUUUAUUUAUUUAAUUUAUUAAGUAACAAGUUUAAAGACAUUUUAUAUAUAUUUAACUGCAUUUUACACUGAGUUUUAAAAGAUGAACUUUCAGUGUAAGACAUAUUAUUCCCACAUUUUACUUGGGUCUAACAAAUAAUAUGCUAAUCAAAUAUUGGUAAAUCCCUUGCUCCAUUUUUCCUCUAGUCAAAAAAAAAAACAUUUAAAAAUGGUCUACGCUAAAACUUUACUUUGGACACAUAUUUAAAGGCAGUUUGUUGAUUUGUCUCUUAUACUAACUAAUAGUUGUAAAAUGCACUGUUCUGUUCUCAUUUAGACAACAGGUGUAUAAAUUUGUAAACUCUCUAGUCCUUGCAAUACCCAAAACCAAAAGUAUUCGUUUUAUUUUAUUAAUAUUUUGUAAAUUAUUUACGUAGCUUGACCUCGCGACUGCAAUUGUAUUAUACACAGAGAUACGUAUCUUUAUACAGAUACAGAAGGAAUUUUUUGUAGGACUAGGUGACCACAAUACAAAUCUGACUUCAUACACAUUCCAAUUUACAACGGCAACGUACUCGAGCACGGAAUUACCUAACUAAUUAUAAGAAUAUAUCUGUAUAUCUAAUAAAUUGUAUCUACACGUAUCCAACGCUUCGAAAACUGAUUAAUCCGCGCGCGGACAAUAAAUCAAUGUUAUGUACUUACACA